AUGGCUGACAUCUCCCGUGGACCGUCGCGAGAUGCGGUUCUGUACAACGAAGAGCUGUUUCAUCGCAUCUUGGACGAUUACCGCCCCGUGGGGAAAAAUCGAUGCUCAUAUCCCUUGCUCUUCCGUGCAAGGCGUUCCUCAAUCCAGUACUGGAUGAAUCUGGGCGUCAUUGCCCUCCCCUUUUCCCCUGCUCUCACUCUUAGAAUAAUUUUCUGCUGCCAAUGGUGGUCACAGAGAUGGCUUACCAACCUGGAUCGAUUUCUCUUCUACUCGACGAGGGUUAAAUGCAUAACCCUGCCGGCUCAUACAAGGGCUGUCUCAUCGCAAGUUUACGCCGCCAUCCUGGCACAGGUCAAGCUGCGCUACCCGUCCAUCCACCCAUUUCCACGCACUCAUUACGUUGCGCUGGAUACCCUCUCCGAACCCACUCUUCAUUUCCUCUCGUUGGUCUUGUCGCCCUCUGUGACAGAAAUUUCCCUCCAGGAAGACGAAGAUGUGAAGAUGGAGCCACAUGUCAUCCCGCCACUCUUCACUAAAUUGAAGGAGGGGGCCCCGUUCCUGGCUCGUAUUCGCUUCUCAGGAUCCUCCCAUCUCUCCAACGCAAUACGUUCUUUCGCCCGGACAGUAGAACUACCCGCUUUGGUCAGCGUCCAACUCCACGUCGAGUCUUCAUUUAGCAGCGUAUCGCACGAGACCACCUUUGUAAAACCCGAACCUAACCUUUUGGCUCAUUUUCAUGCCACUAAUGGGUCCUUGGACAAGGAGAACACCACGACGCAGGAUUACUCUGUCCCCGCGAGCUUCGAGGCACGUCCAUCCAUUCUCGAAGCCUUGCUGCACUUGAUGCAAUGCGACCGAAUUACUGCUUUGGACCUGACUAUCUAUCUUUUCGACAACUCGCCUAUCAAUGAAUCCUCCAUGCCGUCGUUUAUCACUGCUAUCAUACAGGAGUUGAGCAGCGCGCGUCGCUCUGCUUUGAAAAAGCUCACGCUACGAUGUCCCCGACCUUCUUUCCAAUCUCGUGAACCUCCCGUUUAUCGAGGACUUCGCUUAUCAUGGGUAUCUGUUCUCGCGGUUCAACAGUGUGGCUGA